CCGUACAAACAAAAAGCAAUAAAUCGAAAUUUACAUCAAAUACAAUUAUAGAGAUUAAUUAAUCUUUACACAUAAAUCCAAAAAAAAGAAAAAGAUUAUCCUGAAAUUAAUCCACAGUCCCACGACUGAGUUGGUUCGUCCAUUAAACAAAAAAAAAAAGAGACCGCGUCUCUCAACGCUGACUUUCAAAUUGUAGUCGCGUCGGUAUAAUUCCACACGCCUUUUGUAUUUCUUUUCUCUCUCACCAGUCACCACCACCACCUUAUCCACAUUUCUCUAUAUAUAUACCUCUCCUCGUAUCCUUCUUUAACUCAUUCCAUACCAAAAAGUAUACCAAAUUCAAAAUUCAACACACACAAUAACCAAAAAAAACUAAAGAGAUUGAAGAAAAUGGUUGAUAUGGAUUGGAAGAGGAAGAUGGUAUCAUCUGAUAUACCAAACUCACCUAAGCUUUCUUCAAAGCUCCACGUCACUAUCCCUUCACCUUUCAAAGUCCUCCCUGUUUCUUCUCCCAUCUCUUCUUCCGCUCCUCCCCUCUGCUCUGCUUACGAGCUUUACCUUCGUCUCCCUGAGCUCCGAACCCUCUGGUCCUCUCGUGAUUUCCCUCUCUGGACCUCUGAGCCUAUUCUCAAACCGGCUCUCCAAGCUCUGGAGAUCAGUUUCAGAUUACUCUUCGCCGUUUCUUCUGAUACUCGACCCUACGUCAACCACCGUGAAUGGAACCGUAGGCUCGAUUCUCUCCUCACGAAUCAGAUCCAGCUUUUGGCAGCGAUCUGCGAGGAAGAGGACGAUGAAGAAGCGGCUCCGGUAGGCGAUGGACGGAGUUCUUUGAGUUUGUUACCGCAGCUAGCUACGUGGAGGAGAUCCGAGGCUCUAGGGAAGAAGAUCUUAUGCACGAUCGAUAACGAGAUGCGUCGGUGUAAGUACACGCUCGGACUCGGCGAACAGAACAUCGCCGGCAAACCGAAUCUCCGGUACGAUGCGAUUUGCCGGCCUAACGAGCUUUACAGCCUCAAGGACAACCCAUACGCCGAUCACAUCGAUAACCAAGAGAAUCAAACGCUCUACAUCAUUCACCAGAUCCUCGAAUCGUGGAUCUACGCAUCUGGAAACCUCCUGAAUCGGAUCGUCUCCGGCAUCGAAGACGGGAAAUUCAAAAAAGCUUCCAACGAUGUGUACUUGCUCGAGAGGAUCUGGAAGCUUCUAGCGGAGAUUGAAGAUCUUCACAUGUUGAUGGAUCCUGAAGAUUUUUUGAAACUGAAGAAACAGUUACAGAUCAAAUCGACGGGAAAAAACGACGCCUUCUGUUUCAGAUCUAAAGGGUUAGUGGAGGUGAUGAAGAUGUCGAAAGAUCUCAGGCAGAAGGUUCCGGCGGUGUUGGCGGUUGAGGUAGAUCCCACCGGAGGACCGAGAUUGCAAGAGGCGGCGAUGAAGCUGUACUCGAGGAAGGGAGAGUGCGAUAAGAUCCAUCUGCUUCAGGGGAUGCAAGCCGUGGAAGCUGCGGCGAAGAGUUUCUUCUUCUCGUAUAGGCAGCUAGUGGCUGCGAUGAUGGGAAGCGCCGAGACGAACGCCACAGCGAGUCAUGAGCCGUAUGACUCACUGAGUCAGAUAUUCAUGGAGCCGACGUAUUACCCGAGUCUUGACGCGGCAAAGACGUUUCUCGGAGAGUUCUGGAGUCAUUUGGGAUGAUUAUAAUUUUUUAUAAUUUCCGCUGGUCUAUUUUUUUAAAAAAAUUAAUAUAAAUUAAAAUUGGUUGGUUUGGUUAAUUUUAGUUUGUAAGAUACAGAAAAUUUUGGAACAUUUGAUGAUCGAUAUUUGAAUACAAAUUCAUUUUAUAUGAUUUA